AUGGCUGUAAAUGAAUAUGCUUUGCAAUUUAGAACGCUGGCCGCUUCUAGUGGAUGGAACGAGCAAGCUCUCAUCACCUCCUAUCGUCAAGGUCUGGACCCCAGAGUGCGGUUGCAUCUUGCUGCAUACAAGGAUUCCAUCGGCCUCGAAGGCUUCAUCCAGCUGUCCAUCCGCGCAAACCUGAGCCGGAGGAAGGUCAGUCGAUGUGUGGGUCCCUUUCAGCUGGGGGUUGGAAUCUUACAUGUAGAAGAAAUACACCUGCUGGUUCUGGAGGAAUCCACCUCUGACAUGUCUCCUCGUGCCAAUGAUAUCUCCAUCUGUACCACCUCCAUUGAAAGUCCUGUCGAGAAACGUUCAGUGGACAUCCCUUCCUGUUACACCCCUUCACCCAAGUCUCUGUCCUGGACCCAAGAAGCUACCAACGCCUUUGAAGCCCUCAAGAAAGCCUUCACCACUGCUCCCCUCCUCGUCCACCCCAAUCCAGACCUGCCCUUCGUCAUUGAGGUGGACGCUUCCACCACAGGUGUGGGAGCGGUACUAUCUCAGCAGCAGGGGACGCCAAGUAGACUCCACCCAUGCGCCUUCUUCUCCCGCAAGCUCAACCCGGCGGAGGUCAACUACGACAUCGGUGACCGUGAGCUCCUGGCCGUCAAGGUUGCUCUGGAGGAAUGGAGGCAUUGGUUGGAGGGAGCCAAACACUCCUUCCUGGUCCUGACUGACCAUAAAAACUUGGAAUACCUGAGAGCUGCUAAGAGACUUAAUCCCUGUCAAGCAUGCUGGGCCAUGUUCUUCUCCCGCUUUGACUUCUCAAUCUCCUAUCAUCCUGGCUCCAAAAAUAUAAAGGCAGAUGCCUUGUCCCAUCUCCACGCUCCUGAUGAAAAGAACGAAGAACCUGAAACCAUACUCCCCGAAUCCAUCUUUGUGAGCCCCAUCUCAUGGUCAGAAGAGACCUUACCCUCCUCCAAUGCCUCCACCAACGCUCCGCCGGGUUGUCCCCAAGGCUUGCAAUACAUCACAAGGACACGAUGCACUCCACUGGUUCACUCUGCUCACACGUCACUUGGCACUGGCCACCCGGGGGUCAAUGAGACACUCUCGCUGCUUAAGGAGCGCUUCUGGUGACCCAACAUGGCCAACGACAUCAGAAGGUACGUGCAGGGCUGCAGGGAGUGCGCCAUCUCCAAGAGCCCUCGCCAUCUUCCAGCCGGCAAGCUCAAUUCUCUGCCCGUUCCUGAGCGACCCUGGUCACACC